CAAAUCAGGCCACCGGGGUGUUAUAUAAGGAGAGAAAGAAGGGGAGACUCCUAUCGCAGAGGACGGAGGGAAAGAAAGAAGAGAGACAAACUCUCCAGCUGAAAUCAUGCACUACCUGCUGUGGGUCGCUCUGGUGGGGCUGUUGGCUGAAAGCUGCUCAGGAGAAAGACCUCAUCCUCACCCUCAUCCUCAUCCUCAUCCUCAUCCUCCUCAUCCUACUCAUCAUCCUCACCCUCCUCAUCCUACUCAUCAUCCUCACCCUCCUCGUCCCUGCAAGUCUCCUCCAGAGCUUCAGGGAAGCCUCACUGUGACGGCUUCAAAUGCUGAUUACUAUUUGUUCGGGAAGUACAUCUACGACGCAAUUGGUCAACGGAUCCGCUUUGGAGAUUUCGGCCAAUACAAGAAUGAAUCCUUCCAUGAUGACGUUCUGCUACUUUAUAAGGAGGGCGUGAUGUACAAGAUCAACGAAAAGAACCAGACAUGCAGUAAGAAAGAGCUGACCGACACCUUCCAUCCGAUGGAGAUCCCAGCUAACGCCACCCUGCUGGGGCAGGUCGUUUUGGGCAGUUUCUCUGGACCCGGUGAAGGCCUGCUGGUCAACUCCUGGAUGGGAGAAGCACCUGCAAAUGAUGCUAAGUACUUCCUGACAUUUACUGAAUUUGGCUGCCUUCCCAUCUCCUCCAUCUACCACUCGCCACAGGCUGGCUGGAUAGUCACCAGCUUCUUUAACAUCAUUGUGGGAAUCAAGGACCCAAGCCCACUAACUCCUCCUCCGUUCUGUAAGAAUGCCACUAUGGAGAGUGGAGACAACGGGAACUUCUUCAGCGCUUUCCUCUGAGAGACCACAAUGGCUCACUAUAACUCAUAUUCCACAUUUAACACAUUAAUGAACACAAUGAACUAACCUACAUCAGCUUAGAUACGUUUUACAUGGAACUGCUGAACUGACUGAUUUCAUUCUGAAGGUCAUUAUAGGAAAACACAUCAUACUGCUCUGUUACUGACUAGUCUACAUGUACACUGCACUCUGAAUGUACUUUUGUAGACUUCAGCUGAUGUGUUGAAAGCAUGUUUGUGGUCAAAUACCAUGUUUUGUUGAUUUUCUUAGUGAAAACUGAUACAUUCUCUACGGAGAACAAUUUGCCCCUUUUAAAUAUAAUUACUGUUUAUUUGCUGAACGUAACAUUGGAGAUAAAACUGCAGAACAAUGCCACGUUUAAGCUCACUGUAGAGAGUGUUCACCUAUUCUCACUUAGAAAACAAACAAAACGUCAUUUGACCAGGGGCGCCAAAAAUUUUGCAACACUUCACACUGUUGUUUUUGUUACUCAUACAGAGGAUGCAGUUACAGAUUCAUAAACUCUCAGUUUGCACUGAAUAUCUUAGAAACAUGUUACACAACUUUGCUCACAUCAGCUAAUUAUAACAAGCGAUGAACUAACAUUUUAAUAAAAGCUGCUUAAGGAA